AUGAUUGCUGCAUCCUUGUUCGCCGCUGGAGUGCUGCCCAUGGAAUUUGUCGAAUGGACCGACAACCCAGAUAUAAUGCAGUAUCCUCUGGUGUCCUACUGGGCUACAGCUACUGGCUUCAUAGUCUAUUGUUUUAUUCUGCUGUUCUGGCAACGAGGCCAUAGGAUCUUCCUAGACACCUUAUGCGUCAAGCAAGACGACACGACAUGGAAGGCCUUGGCACUUCUCAGCAUGCCUGCCUUGCUUAAGUCAUCAGAUUCUCUGCUCGUGCUCUGGGAUCCAACCUAUACACGGCGCCUCUGGUGUUGCUUCGAGAUAGCUGCCUUCUUGCAUUCCCGCCCAAUCGGGCAGAAGGCGAGCGUAAGAGUCAGACCGACGCUGCUCGGCGUUGGCUUCAUUUCAAUUCUGAUGGCACUAGCUAUUGUUCUCUUGGUUCUAGUAUUUGUUCCAGGUGAUCCAGAUAAAGGAAGAACGGGCAAUCAAGCAGUCAUGUGGCCGCUUAUGGCUGGUUGUAGUUUCGUGGCAUUUUAUUUCAGCGUCAUGCAACUCCGCAAGUUCUUCCGUUCAGUGGAGAUGAUACAGAGUGAGCUACAAGACUUCCGCUUCGACAACUGUUCGUGCCACUGCUGUGCCACAAACCACCAGUUUUCGCAGACGUGCGAUCGACGGAUCCUGACGAUAUGCAUAAGCAAGUGGUUUGGCAGCAUCGACCGCUUCGAAGACCUCAUGCGUUCGGAAGUUUUGGCCUGCCUCACUGAACAGCUCGCAACGAACAUUCUGACUUACCGGGAGUUUGUGGUCAUGUCUGUGCCCGUUUUGUGGCACUUCCUGGACACCGCGUCCGAGCCACUGGACUGGUACCUCCGUUCCGGACACACACACAAACCUGUUCUUCGUCAGGAGAUGCGGUCUUUCGCGAGGGAGGUCUGUCGAGGGCUUGGAUGGGCUUUCGGUGCCUUGCCCAUUCUUUUCCUGGUGAUCUCGAGGCUUGCAUGUUUGCUGCGACGCCGCAUCGGCCGAAGCUAUGGAGCCAAGAUGUGUUGGGAUCUGCUCAUCAUCUGCAGCAUCCUGCUGGUCGCGAUCGCCCUCUUCGUGGCCUUCUUGGUUUUGGAGCAAGUGUGUGGAAUCUCGCUACUCGGAAUCCUCGUGUUCGAUGCAAUCCUGUUUACAUGCACCUUCUUGCUCUUCAGAUGUCUCCCGGAUCCCAUGCGGCUGAAGGCUCAAGCAGUAGAUCAGCGUGACGCCCAUGGAACAGACACAUCCCCCUCUCUAGAGGAGAUGGAGGUUGCAGCGUCCGCUGUACGCAAUCGCAUCCAGCUCUGA